CUUCUCUAUCCUCUCAAACCCAGGCUUAGCGACCAUCGCCUUGCCCAUUCCCGCGAUGAAACUCUCCCUUGCGCUUAUUCCUCUCCUUUCUCUCGGCAUCACUGCCGCCCCUGUUGAGGAUGCGAAGAAUCUCGGCGCGCCUGUCACACCCCGUGAGGAUGCCAAUAUCCUCGAUAAGAGAGAUUUGCGUUGCAAGAUUGUGGGCGCCGACGAGGUUAAUUGCAGGAAAGGCUACUACCUAUCCACCAAGGUUGUACGCAAGCUGAAGAGGAACUCCAUUUACACCUUCGACUGCUUCCAUAAAGGGGACAGUGUCAUCAUUGAUGGUGUCCCCAACUCGAGCUGGCAAUAUUUGCCACUCUAUGGUUGCUUUGUCAAUGGUCACUAUACCGAUAGCGAGUGCACUUCGGUGGCCCUUGGUCGUUGCCUGUGGGACGACUUUUAAAUUCCGUCGGUCUCCUGGUGCUGUUUUGUUCCAAACAUCUUCCCCUGUCCGCUUUUCGAAGUGGAUAGGGCUGGCGAUAAGGGAUAUAUUGCAAGGGAAUUGAUACACGGGCGUCAUCUUACACGGGCAUGACUUUUUAUGAUACAUCAUUGGCUGAUCUCCGAUAAACCCCACAGAUACUUUUUCGCAAAAGCGGUGUGAGAAGCCCUCUUAACACGUUCUCUCCUAAGCUCCGAGCCGCCGGACCUUAGUGUUUCGGGGCGUCCACAGGAGCUUCUUCCUAGCGUCA